AUGUUUAACCCGCACAUGCACCAGCAGCAGCAGCAGCAGCAGCAGUUUCAGCAGCAUUUACGUCAACUUCAUCAGCUCUUCCAUCAGCAGCAGCCUCCUCCCCCUGCUCAGCCCCCCGCGGGUCGCCAUGUCCCUCACCCGCACCAGGGUCCACGACCUAUGCCGGUAAUGCCUCAGUCAGUCCCACCUUCGAGGAUGGUCAACUUAUGCCAGACCACUCAGACCACCAUCAUCGCUCCCAAUCCCAUGCUCCAAGGGGCCAUGAUGAUGCAGCAGAUGCAAGGGAACAUGCGAGGGUUUGGAAUGGGCGGGCAGCAGUUUCGUCAGUUCUUUGCCGGGGCUCGCUCCUCUCUGCUUGGGCCCAUGCCGAUGGGCGUGGCCAUAAAGUCUCCCAUGAUGGGCUUCCCACCUGCGAGACCCCCGUAUAACCCUCACCAACCUCGCUACUACAACAAUAACCAAAGUGUUCCCGGACCCUCCCCCUCCCCCGCCACCUCCAGCACUCCGGCGGCUGCGGCUGUAGCUCGUCAGCCGGAGAAGAGAGACAUUGAACAGGUUUCUGUGAUUCCACUGAAGAACAAUGAAGAUCAACCCGGACCCAGCACCGCGACGGAGGCCGAUGGAGCCGGUGGCCACGUACGCAGUGAUAAUGAUAACUGGUGCUACACAAUAACAGAUGAGUACAGUGUUCCACCGGACUUCAAAAAGCAGAAAAUGCACAGCUCUGAGGUGAUCGAGGAGAUAAUUGAUGACACCGAGGAGGAGCGUGUCCCCUGCACAAGUGACGCAGAGAUUCUGUCUUCAAACAACGAUGAUGUCGAAGAAAUUGGUUCCACUGUGGGCUCAGAGGUGCUGGAUUCAGACCACACGGGCACCGCAGCAGAGACUCAAGAAUAUCCACCUGACCCUGUGGAACGGUCUGUGGAUGCCCCCGCGGAGGAGGCCCCGCCCGACGAGGAUCUGCUUGACGAAAACCAGGAAGUGGCAGAAGACGGCGUGGACGAGGGCCCCAACAAGUACUACUGCUAUCUGUGCAGCAUCACGUGUCCGACCCAGAACAAUUUCCGAAACCACAUGAACAGCAUUUCCCACCAGCAGAGAAUGAUGGAGAUACAGCACAUGAGCAACGCCUGCCUGGUCACUCUGCUCCCGCGGCUUCACGACACGCUGCAGGGCGCCGCGAAGGACGGUGAGAAGAAUGAGUGGAAGCGUUGGUGUGCGAGCUGCCACACAGACUUCACCUGCAGCAUUCUGGAGCACCGCCAAACCCAGGAGCACAAAAUUGCGAGAAAAAUGUGUGUUUCCUCCUGCACCAUCUGCCACAAGAACUUCAAGUCUUCUCAGAGUUUUCUAAAGCAUUUGCAGAGCGCCGAGCACCGGAAGAAAGUGGAAAUGGACGAUGAAGGCGAGGGCUGCAUGGACCAGACGAAGAUCCCAGAUGGACUUUUGGUGGAAGAGGAGGGGGCUGACUCUGAGGAGGAGGAUCGAGCAGAGUCGGACAAACAGGUUGGAACGACAUCUACAGAAGUGACAGCGGAGAACAUGGACGCCUCAGUCCAGUACGACCCUGACACACUCUACGGAGGGAGUUUUUUGGUCCCUGUAGCAGGUUUUAUCUGCAGACUCUGUAAUAAGUUUUACCACUUUGAGUCCUCCAGUCUGCACUCGCACUGCAAAUCUCUGGAACAUUUUGAAAACCUCAAGAGAUCCAAAACGGACCAAAAACAUGAAGCAAGAGAUGAAGAGUCCGGCCCCUGCUCUCCUCGUCCCACUGCAGAUCUGACCCCAGAUCAGCCACAGGAGCUGAGACCACAGACUAAAGAGACUCUGCAAGACAUCACCUUCAAAACAGACGCAGAUGCAGCCGCUGCAGGCGCAGAUGCAACAGACGCAGAUGCAACAGACCCAGCUGCUGUAGACGCAGCUCUGACUGACACAGUGACCAGUGAUACUGCUCCCUGCAUCUCAACCGACGAAACAGUAGAAGAAGAAACAGAAGUGAAAGGGAAGAAAGGUCCGAAGCCGAGACGAAGGACCACGAGAGCCAGACGCUAG